CAGACGAUUUAAUAGUGAUGGGAACAUUUGAAGCCCAUCAAUGUGUCAAUUGUUGGUGUUAGUUUGACCAUUCGUUUUUGGAAAAUCAAAAGUUCUAGUCGUGUAAAGGUUUUAAGUGAUUUAUAAAGUCAAAAAAGGGUACAUAGUGCUUAUACACGCCAUUACAAUGAGUUGCUCCAAUGAUUCAGUUAUCACCGACAUAAGUCCUUUCAUGGGAGAUGAAGAUAAUUUAGGAAGUAGAACCGAAGCAUAUAUUGAGUUACUUGAAGGAAAGUCAAAUAUUGGAGAAGACUUAUGGCAAACUCCUAAAGCGCAAGGCUUGUAUGAUCCGCAGAAUGAACAUGAAGCAUGUGGAGUAGGCUUUAUAGUUUCUAUAGACGGUACACCAUCACAUAAGAUUUUGAGGGAUGCACAAAUUGUAUCUGAACGGAUGAAUCACCGUGGUGCAUGUGCAUGCGAUAAUGAUACUGGUGAUGGAGCAGGAGUAAAGACGUCAAUUCCGCACAAUUUUUACUCUAAGGAACUGGUGUUCGGAGGUGUGAGAUUGCCCGCAGCUGGAAAAUAUGCAACGGGAAUUAUAUAUUGUGAUGAAAAAACGAGUUCUGAAGUCGAAGUCGAAUUCGCUCAACUAGCACUUGAAUUAAACUUAAAAGUAAUUGCGUGGCGAACGGUUCCAACAAAUAAAGAUGCUAUUGGUGUGGUCGCACGGAAAUCUGAACCACUUUCCCGUCAAGUUUUUAUUGAAUGUCCUUCAGAUCUCGACCAAGAGUUUUUUGACCGUCAAAUAUAUGUCUUACGUAAGCGCUCCAGUCAUGAGUUAAUUAAAGAAGGACGACGUUUUUACAUUUGUUCAUUAUGCUCGAAGACGAUAGUUUAUAAAGGAUUGUUCACAUCUGACCAACUAUGGGAGUAUUAUACUGAUCUUAAAAAUCCAGAUUUCGAAACAUAUUUGGCUUUGGUACAUACGCGUUUUUCAACAAAUACUUUCCCGUCUUGGGAACGUGCACAUCCAUUACGGGUAAUAGCGCACAAUGGAGAAAUAAAUACCUUACGCGGAAAUGUUAAUUUGAUGAAAGCCCGUGAGGGUGUUAUGCAGAGUGAAAUAUUUGGAGAUCAGUUAACAAAAUUAUAUCCAGUUGUAGAACCAAACUUAUCAGAUUCGGGCUCAUUCGAUUGCGUUCUUGAGUUUCUUACAAUGGCUAGUGACCGUUCAUUGCCAGAAGCUGUUAUGACUAUGGUUCCCGAAGCGUGGCAAAAUGAUAAAACUAUGCCGCAAGAAAAACGUGACUUCUAUCAAUGGGCGUCAUGUGUAAUGGAGCCCUGGGAUGGACCGGCUUUAAUUUCAUUUACAGAUGGACGUUAUAUUGGCGCAGUUUUGGACCGUAACGGAUUGCGUCCAUCUCGAUUUUAUGUGACACGUGAAAAUAUCCUUGUAAUGGCUUCUGAAGUUGGCGUUUAUGAUAUUGAUGCAUCGAAAAUAGUAUUAAAGAGCCGUUUGAAACCUGGCCGAAUGCUUUUAGUGGACACUAAAGAGAAAAAAUUCAUUCAGGAUGUGGAGAUAAAAACUCACAUAGCUAGAUCCCGCCCGCAUUCGGAGUGGUUACAACAGAAGAUGAUAACAAUCGACGAAAUACGUAAUGCUAAUUUUGCCACAGCUAGCGAUGAAUUGAAAUCAACAAACCUGUUAAGGAAUUAUCCGUUCGACCCCAGGCUCCUACUCUUCGGAUACACAACAGAAACGAUUAACAUGCUUCUUGUGCCCAUGUUCAAUGACAAAAAAGAAGCUCUUGGUUCAAUGGGAAACGAUGCUCCACUUGCCUGUUUAUCUGCUUUUCAACCACUACUUUACGAUUACUUCAAACAAUUAUUUGCUCAAGUUACUAAUCCACCCAUCGAUCCAUUUCGUGAAAAGGUUGUAAUGUCAAUGCAAAGCCCUAUAGGGCCAGAAGCGAAUUUACUCCAACCAUCUGUUAAACAAGUACAUCGCAUUUGGUUACAAAAUCCGAUUCUAAGUAUUCCUGACACAAAUGUAUUGAAGAGUAACAUCCACAGGGGAUGGAAAACAAAGGUUUUGGAUUUAACUUAUGAGUUUGAAAAAGGAGUUAGGGGCUACGUGGAUUGCAUUGACGAUAUUUGCCGCCAAGGUUUCGAUGCCGCUUCUUCUGGUUAUCAAUUGUUAGUUAUUUCGGAUAGAAACGCUGGUCGUGGAAGAGUCCCUGUAUCGGCAUUGGCUGCAUUAGGCGCUUUACAUCAUUUCUUAAUAGAAACUCUUCAACGGAUGAAGGUUGGAAUUAUAGUAGAAACAGCUGAGGCUCGUGAAGUCCAUCACAUUUGUGUAUUGCUUGGCUACGGUGCAGAUGCAAUUUGCCCUUACUUGGCUUUUGAAUUAGCACAAGCGCUUCGGGAUGAUUGUGUCAUUAAUUCCGAUGUUAAUAAUAAGCAAAUUUAUAAUGCUUAUGCCAAAGCUAUCGAAAUGGGUGUAGCAAAGGUUAUGGCUAAAAUGGGCAUAAGUACUCUACAGUCUUAUAAGAGUGCUCAAAUUUUUGAAGCUGUUGGAAUAGGUGAAGAAUUAAUUAGUAAGUGCUUUCGUGGAACGGCGAGUCGGAUUGGAGGUAUUACUUUGGAAACAGUUGCAAAAGAAGCUAUAGAACGGUACAACAUGGCAUUUGGCGAUAGAUUAUUUGACACUCGAAUUUUGCGAAAUCCUGGUAAUUAUCAUUGGCGUAAUGGAGGGGAAGCUCAUAUAAAUGAGCCUGCUGCUAUUGCAAGUUUACAAGAAGCUACGUUAAAUAAAAACUGGAACUCAUUUGAAGCGUUUAAAUCGACAACAUUAGACAGUGUAAGGAAGUGUACACUCAGAGGACAACUCGAGCUCGUUACCGAUCAAAAUAAAGUAGAUAUAUCGGAAGUGGAGCCAGCAUCAGAAAUUGUUAAAAGAUUUGUUACGGGGGCCAUGAGUUUUGGUAGUAUUUCUUUGGAAGCACAUCAGACACUGGCUAUUACUAUGAAUCGUAUUGGAGGAAAAAGUAACACCGGCGAAGGUGGUGAAAAUUCAGAAAGAUAUUUAGGAUGUACCAUGAUGAGAAAAUGCCAUUUAAACACUUGUCCAGUGGGAAUCGCCACACAAGAUCCUGUACUGCGCCAAAAGUUUACAGGAAAACCAGAGCAUGUUGUGAACUUUUUCUUCAUGUUGGCAGAAGACAUUCGUAAUAUCAUGGCGGAAUUGGGGAUUCGUCGAUUUCAAGAUUUAAUCGGACGAACAGAUUUACUUCAAGUAUCUAGAAAAGGAAGCAGCAAAUCGAACUCUUUAAACUUCUCUCUGCUGUUAAAAAAUGCUUUGGAGUUAAGGCCUGGUACAAAUAUUGUAGGAGGCUCCAUACCUCAGGAUUUCCAGUUGGAAAAGCGUGCUGACUACAAACUUAUUCAAAUGGCUCAGAAUGUUUUAGAUGGCGUUGAGGAUAAUACAACAAUUAAAUUGCUUAUAAAUAAUGAAGAGCGUGCCUUCGGAUCAACGUUAAGUUAUCACAUAGCUUGCAAAUAUGGUGAGAACGGUCUACCUCGUGAGAAAAGCAUUGAUAUAUUUUUGGAAGGUUCAGCCGGCCAAAGUUUCUGCGCAUUUUUGUCUAGUGGCGUAAACGUUACAUUAAAAGGAGAUGCUAAUGAUUAUGUUGGUAAAGGUCUAUGUGGGGGCAGUGUCGUUAUUAUGCCCCCUGAUAAUUCCACUUUUGAGUCUCACUUAAACGUGAUAGUGGGGAACGUUUGUCUAUAUGGUGCAACUAAAGGCACUGCUUACUUCAGAGGAAUAGCAGCUGAACGAUUUUGCGUAAGGAAUUCAGGCGCUACUGCGGUUGUAGAGGGCGUUGGUGACCAUGGAUGUGAGUACAUGACGGGAGGUAUUGUUGUAAUUCUUGGUUUAACGGGUCGGAAUUUCGCUGCGGGGAUGUCUGGCGGCAUAGCGUACAUAUACGAUACUGAUGGGUCCUUCAAAAAUAAAGUUAAUCUUGAAUCCGUUUCUCUGUUCCCGUUGGAGCACGAGUCGGAUGUACAAUUAGUAAAGAGUUUACUAAAUGAUUUUGUAAGGAAGACUAAUUCUCAAAUCGCUAAAGAAGUGUGCUUGAAUUGGAAUGAGAGCCAGCCUAAAUUUGUAAAGGUUUUUCCAUAUGAAUAUCAAAAGGUAUUAAAAAAUUUGGAAAUAAAACAGGGAUACUCUGAAGAAAGUGAAAGCGUGAAUGAAAUUACAAAAGUAAAGGAAAAACAAAAAGAACCAGCCAUUAAAGAUAUUGAAGAAACUUUAAAGAAUAAUUCUUCAGAGCAGCCAUUGGAUAAGAUUCGAGGUUUUAUUAAGUAUAAAAGAGAUUUAAAUAUAUAUCGUAAGGCUAGUGAAAGACAAGAAGACUGGGAUGAAGUUUAUAAUUUUCAAUAUAUUCGCAAACAUUUGAAAACACAAGCUGCUCGCUGUAUGGAAUGUGGAGUACCGUUUUGUCAGUCAAAUACACAUGGAUGUCCUUUGGGUAACAUCAUUCCUAAGUGGAAUGAUCUGGUUUUUAAUAACGACUGGCAAGAGGCUUUGCGACAACUUUUACAAACGAAUAACUUUCCAGAGUUUACUGGUAGGGUUUGUCCAGCACCUUGCGAAGGAGCAUGUGUUCUAGGCAUAUCGGAACUGCCAGUUACAAUCAAAAACAUUGAAUGUGCAAUUAUUGAUCAUGCAUUUGAACAGGGGUGGAUGAAGCCGGAAAUACCAAAGUUACGCACUGGAAAACGAGUGGCUAUUGUUGGCUCUGGACCUUCUGGUCUAGCGGCUGCAAGUCAGUUGAAUCGAGCAGGCCAUUUCGUUACGGUGUUUGAACGCAAUGAUAGACCUGGUGGCUUAUUGCAAUAUGGCAUCCCAACUAUGAAAUUAUCAAAAGCUGUUGUUAAGCGUCGAAUUGCUCUUAUGGCUGAUGAAGGAAUAGAGUUUCGCAUAAACGCUUAUGUCGGAAGAGAUAUAAAAGCAUCGGUGUUACUGGAACAGUAUGAUGCAUUACUACUAACCACUGGAUCCACCUCGCCACGUGAUUUAAAUUUAAACAACAGAGAUUUAAAUGGUAUACACUUUGCCAUGGAGUUUCUGGAAUCUCAACAGAAAAAGCAACUUGGUGGCAAGAAUGACAUCAUAUGCGCUAAAGACAAGCAUGUAAUCAUAAUUGGUGGUGGAGAUACUGGUUGCGAUUGCAUGGCCACAGCUUUGCGGCAAGGUGCAAAAAGUAUUACCACCUUCGAAAUAUUGCCCGAGCCUCCUAAGAAUCGUGGCAAUGACAACCCAUGGCCCCAAUGGCCUAAAGUGUUCAGAGUUGACUAUGGGCAUGAAGAAGUUCGAGUAAAAUUUGGCAAUGAUCCUCGCCAAUACUGCACAACAACAAAAGAAUUAAUAGAAGAAAAUGGUACCGUAACAGCAUUAAAGACAAUUCAAGUAGAAUGGAAUAAACAACCAAAUGGACAAUGGUCUAUGUCGGAAGUAAAAGGCAGUGAAAAAUACUACCCCGCUGAUUUAGUUUUGUUGGCAAUGGGAUUUUUGGGUCCGGAAAAAUCGUUACCGACUGAAAUCGGUCUUGAACUUGAUGCUCGUGGAAACAUUAAGUCCACCAAUGGCUCUUUCGGGACAUCAAACCCAAAAGUAUUUGCCGCUGGAGAUUGCCGUAGAGGCCAGUCACUGGUUGUUUGGGCUAUUACGGAAGGGCGACAGGCCGCACGCCAGAUCGAUACCUAUCUCAUGAAUGUUCCUAGCAGCUUACCAGGUCCUGGUGGAAUUAUAGACAUCACAAGAAACGUUUAAGAAAUCCAUCAUACUGCUGAACUUUUAGAUGAGCAAAAUUAACUUGAUGCUUAACGUUAGUGUAUUCAGCAAAAUGGGAAGAACAUGAAUAAUUAAUACAAAAUGAUUUCGUCUGUUUACCAAGUUACUAAUAAUUUGAAAAUAAACCAAAACGUUACAGCUUUACUUUUA